AUGUCUUCUGGAGUAGCGGAUAGCAGAGAUUACGAAGGGGACUCCUUUCAUGACUCGUCAGAAGUCCCAACUGUGAACAAUAACCUCACGGUUUCCAUCCCUCAAAGCGCUUCGACGCGGUCGUUGACAGCCAGCCCCCCAAGUGGAUCUAUCUCGACACCACAAUUCACCGAUUCCCCCCAGCUUCCAGGAUCUUUGGAUGAAGACAACAGAAACGACGAAGCCUACGAGACUGGAACAGACGGACAGUCUGAAGCAGAGGCAACUCCCCGCAGACAAAAGCUACCAAAGUCUCCUUUGUUGACGGCACAUCGGCUAUCCACCACAUCCCUUGACGACGUGAAUCUAACUAGCAACAACAAAGAUGAUGGACCUCUUGGUAGCUCGGAUACCCAGAUGAACUCACCUCCUCCACUGCCGUCCAGAGACUCUAACUCAACACAAGGCUCACGCUUCCAGGGCUUGUCCGGGAGCCUCCCUUCUGUUCCAUGGGCACCUCCGCCGCAAAAUAAAAACCCACCAUCUGCCGCUCCUCCCCCUCCUCCAACUCGAAAGAUUAGCAGCCCUUUCGCUUGGCUUUCAAGGGCUUCAACGGGAAGCAAAGAAUCUACGGCUCCUCCGCAGACGGGACGACGAGACACCGCUGCUUCCAUCUCAACGAUUGGUAGCAAUCCCGAAAUCGCUGGCCGAUUGCAGGAUGCGGAACUCGAUGGCUCGAGUGUGGGAUCUCGGCGGCCUCAUCGAAAUAGCCUAAAAGAUCAAUUCAAACUGCUCCGGAUGCGCGAGGAAGGGGUUAUUCCAGAACCCGACGGAGCGAGUAUUACCUCGGGACGCGCAAGUAUCAGCCAUUCUGCCACAAGCCCUCCGCCCAGCAUUCCAGAGGAAGGAGAGAAUGGUACAAUAACUGCGCCACCACUGUCACCCGAAACUUCACCAUCUGUUGCUUCCGCGACGGUCAAUCCAAAUCUCGCACCGGGAACGGUAUCCGGCUUCUCGACAUCUGCGACCGACGCAGCCACUCCCGUGGAUUGGGAGUUAUGGCAGCAGCUCGUGAACAAUGGCCUACAGGCCCUAAAGGGAGCGAAUUCAGAGGAAUUGAAUGCUGCUAUCAAAAGAGGAAUACCGCAAACCAUACGAGGUGUCAUUUGGCAAAUUCUAGCUGAUAGUAGAGACCAAGAUUUGGAGGACGUUUACAGAGAACUGGUUGCACGAGGUACAGACAAGGAAAAGCCGCGGGCUAACGGCAUCGUCAAUGGAACUGGGGAAAAAGACUCGGUAGCGUCAUCUUCACGCUCUUCUAUUCGCUCGGAGCGUUCCUUCUCGGUAGCGCCUUCCAACAAUAGCUCUUCUCCAAGCCCAUCGCAGGAGGUCGACCCAGAGAAGCUUGCAAAAGAACAGGCGGCAAAUGAGUCGGCUCGAAAGAAGAAGGCGAAGGAAGACGCUGCUACGCUUCAAAAGCUUGAAAAAUCUAUUCGCCGAGACCUGGGCGCUCGUACAAGCUACUCCCGAUACUUUGUUUCCCAGGGCAAUCAGGAAGGCCUUUUCGGACUUUGCAAGGCCUACGCUCUAUAUGAUGAGCCUGUGGGGUAUGCCCAAGGGAUGAAUUUUAUUGUCAUGCCCUUGCUUUUCAAUAUGGAUGAAGCCGAGGCUUUCACACUGAUGGUAAAGUUGAUGAAGCAAUACGGGCUUCGGGAAAUGUUUGUUCAGGACAUGCCCGGUUUGCACCGCAGCUUGUAUCUAUUUGAGCGCCUACUCGAGGAUCUCGAACCUGCCCUAUACUGCCACUUGCGGCGACGAGGGGUCCAGCCUCAACUAUACGCUACCCAGUGGUUCUUGACUCUCUUCGCCUAUCGAUUCCCUCUACAACUUGUUCUUCGCAUUUACGACCUGAUUUUCGAGGAAGGGCUGGAGAGCACACUAUUGAAGUUUGCCCUUGCUAUUAUGCGGCGGAACGUGGACGCUCUCCUGGCCAUGAAGGACAUGACACCGUUAACAACGUUUUUGAAGGAACGACUGUUCGACGUAUAUAUCGAUAAACAACCCACUCCGUCAUCGAUACUCGAGUCGGGAUUCUUUGGAUCAUCAGGAGCUGCAGACAAGGAAAUUUACCGGGCUGACAUCAUGGUUCAUGACGCCUGUGCUAUCCCUCUCGAACCCGAGAUAAUCAAAGCGUAUACGGCCGAAUGGGAGGAGAAAGUACGGACGGAGAAAGAGCGUGAAACGGAGCUCAACGGGCUGAGGCAUACUGUGUCAGUACAGAGCGCUCGGAUUCGACAACUGGAAGAGCAAGCAGAAACGUCUGACAAGGAGCAUGUCCAACUUGCCUCUGAAGUCGUUCAUUUGAAAGUGGAGAACGAGGAGCUUUCCGAUAUGAACGAUGCACUGAAGAUGCAAGUCAGCGAGCUCAAAAUUGUAGUGGACAAACAGCCCGCUGAGGUUGAACAGAAGCUCCAAACGGAAAUGGAUCGCAUCAUGAAGCGCAAUCUUGAGGUUCAAAACGAAAAUCGGGCCCUCCAGGAACAAAUGGCGGAGAUGGAGAAGGAGCUUGUAGGUGCCAAGCUCAAUUAUGCUGAGAUUCACGAGCAAUACGAGAACCUCAAGCAGAAGUGGAGUGACCUUCGCAAGGCUCUUGACUAG